AUGGUCUCCCUUGCCGCCACGACUUCACGCAACUCGGCGCUGCCGCCUAACCCUGCAAUUCCUCGAUCGAAAAUGAUCAGCAACUCCUCUCCCGUUCCUAUCCUCAAAACCUCCAAGCCGACUCGCCCGAUGGCCGGCACGAAACGCAAGAUGAGCGACGCUGACCUCGCCCUCUCCCCCUCGUCGUCCCAAGGCGAUGACGUUACCGAAGAGCUCCCCAGUAAGAAGCGACCACGCGUUCAAUUCGACCAGAAUGUGAAGCUACACGAUGCUUCUGGGCCCGAUGCCUCGUCCGAAAAGAGCCUGGCUUUCGUUCGGGAAGAAGUGCGCAGUGCUAUCCACCGCCAUGUCACAAUGUCAGAAAGCGAGGGGUACGACCGAAUCAAGGGAAUCUUCACGGCCGACCCCAAGAAACAGGGUGAUGACGCCGUACUUGCAUACGACUUGCCAACACAUACGUCUUUGAAGAACCACCUCCUCGGUCUACUCUCACAUGUCGCCUCUCUCGACCGUUCAUGUAGCGGACUCGUUCACGCUAUCAUCAACAGCGAGUGGCUUGGUCGUGAUGAAUCAUACGUGAAGCUUUAUAUCCGGUUCAUGGGCAAUCUGGCUGCUGCACAAGGUACCUACCUUAGCCCUGUCUUGAAGAUGCUCGCCACCAACCUCAGCACCGUCCCUCGAGGACUCGGUCGUCUCCCUGGCUACGCUGUUGUUUCACCCUCUGAAAUCCACACUCGUGUUCACAUGGCACUCCGCCAUUUGCUACGACUGAUCCCAGCUGCUAGUGGUUCGCUGUCUCCAAUCUUGUCUGCGCAGUUCCCCUUCGACUCGGACCCCGCUAGUGCCAAUGUCGCCUACACUCGCAACCUUGUUCAAAUUAUCAACUACACACCCGAACUGCAAUCCGACAUCCUUGCUCUGAUCACCGAGAAACUUGUAAAAGUGGAUGUUCAGAUUCAAGUAGACAUGGAAGACUUCGAGGAGGAGGUUGGCGACGAGCUCAUUCACGACAUUGAUGACGACGAAGUCGAUGAUGACAAUGAGUCUGUUGCAAGCGAUGACUCAGAGGAAGACGACACACAGGGUGCGAAGAAGAUUAAGGACAACAUCCUCAAGGUUGAUGGAAUGAUCGAUAUUCUCUUCGAAUACUUUGCUCCUCCUUUCGCCUCUGGCAGCCUGGACGACAAGGAGAACGCUUUGGAUCUGCUCCUCAGCCACUUCCAAAGCAUCAUCCUCCCAACAUACCGAUCACGCCACACUCAAUUCCUCCUCUUCCAUUUUUCUCAGUCCUCUCCCGUGCUCGUCGAUCGUUUCGCCUCGACCUUUGUGCAAUUGAUCUUCAACAGACUUCAGCCUGGUAUCCUGCGCCAGUCCGCAGCCGCAUACCUUGCCAGCUUCGUUGCUCGUGGUGCUCACAUUUCUGGCGAUGUCGUUCGCGAUGUUUUUGACCUGCUUCUCACCCACCUGAAUAAUCUGCGCAUUGAUUACGAAGUCAGCUGCCGCGGCCCUGAUCUCCGUCGCUAUGGCCCCUUUUACUCCACCGCUCAAGCACUACUCUACAUCUUCUGCUUCCGCUGGCGCGACCUAACAACCGCUGCCAUUGACGGCGACACUGCAGACCAGGUGGACGAGCUCGAGCCAGAGUUCCUCCACAAGUCCAUCUACUCGCGUCUGAACCCUCUGAAGGUGUGCUCUCCAGCCAUCGUUUCCGAGUUCGCCCGCAUCGCCCACCACUUCCAAUUUCUCUACGUCUACCCCCUCCUCGAGACCAACAAGCGCAUUCGCAUCACAGCCUUCCGAAGUAUCUCCACCCUCGCAGACCCUCGCUUUAGUCAAGUCGGCCGCGAGAUCCGUGCUGGCGACAACAGCGGCUACCAACUCGACGCAUACUUCCCCUUCGACCCCUACCAGCUGCCCCGCAGCCGACGCUGGCUGGAAGGUGACUACGUCGAAUGGCGCGGUAUCCCCGGUCUGGACGAUGCCAACGACUCAGACAGCGGCGCCGAUGAUGAAUCCGAUGAAGACGGCGAAGACGCAACAGAGACAGACGAGGAGUAA